AUGCUCAUUCCCAAACUAAUCAAGUUCUAUAAUCGGGCAGGUCUCACAUUAUACGCGGCGCUCGCUUUCAGUAGCGUCACUGCACAAGACGUGGAAAAUGCCAAAACUGGCUACCCUCCAUGCGAUGCAUUGAUCCAGGCGAAUCUUUCACACCUUGUGCACCUCGCAGACUCGCCACUCUAUCCGACCUUGGUCAACGGCUCCUGGGCGCCCGACACUCGCAAGAGUCCAUUCUGCUUCGUCCUCCCAACCACCACCGAGGAGGUAUCCCAAACUAUUGUUGCACUUCGCGAUGCUGGUAGUGGAGCCGGAGACUGGCAUAUUGCUGUCCGUAGCGGCGGACAUGCGACUGACCAUUCGAACAACAUCGAUACUGGAGUUACAAUCGAUCUGACCCAGAUCAAUGCAACCACCUAUAAUAGGGAGACAAACAUCGCAAGUGUUGGCACAGGGGCCCGUUGGGGUGCCGUUUACGAGGAUCUUCUUGAGCACGAUGUCAGUGUAAUGGGUGGGAGAGAAGGCGUGGUGGGUGUAGGAGGGCUGGUCCUGGGUGGCGGCGUCUCGUGGUACACCCCCAAGCGUGCGUUUGCUUGUGACAGUGUUGUCAACUAUGAGUUGGUGCUUGCUAAUGGAUCCAUUGUCAACGCAAACCCCCAUUCCCAUAGAGACCUUUGGAAGGCAUUGAAAGGAGGUGGCGCAAACUUUGGUAUUGUCACCAGAUUCGACAUGGAGCCUUUCUCAGCCCAAAACAUCACUAAGGCAACGACAGUGAUCAGUAUGGAGCAUCUUGACGAGGUGCUGGACGCGGUUGUGGGCUUUACAAGCCUUGACCAGUCUUUUGAGGAUAACUACUUGCUUACGGUGUUCAACUACGAUCAAGCUAGCGAUUCCACGGCCAUCACGCUGACAGAGGUCAAUACGGCAAACGAUUUGAACUCCUCGGCGUUUCACAGCGUGCGAAAAAUCCCAACUCUCCGUCGAAUUCCCGCAAAGUCAAUGUCUCUCGCUGAGUCCUCCGAUGGGUCGUCGCUGAGCGAUGAAAUGCGAACUGUUGGCGCCGGACCUGUGACUGUCGCCAACGACCACCGAAUCUUGCGCUUCAUCGUCGAUCAGUACAAUGGAUUCGUCAAGGACAUUAAGGAGAAGGUGAACCCAGCGAACUUUAGCACCAUUUUCGACCUUCAGCCGAUGCCAUCUCGCGUCGCUGACUACGGUGUUUCGAAAGGUGGUAAUAUGUUGGGACUCGAGCGGAAUAACCGCGACAGAGUUAUUGCGGCCGUCGGGGCAAUUCUCUUUGGGGGCCAGUAUUCCGAUCACGAUGUUGCCCUGAUCUACCAACUCUCUGCGGCAAUGAAUGACAGGAUUAUUGCGCACGCAAAGUCGCUUGGUCUCUCGGAGGACUGGGUCUAUUUAGCCUACAGCGAUGCGCAGCAGGAUCCACUGGGUUCUUACGGCCAGACUAAUGUGAAUCAUAUCAGACAGAUGGCCCACAAGUACGAUCCCAAGGGCUUUUUCCAGAAGAGAGUUCCUGGCGGCUUCAAGAUUGAUAGGGUUGAGACGGGGAAGAAGCGCAAUGAAUCGCCUUAA